CCAAAAAAUCCAUUUAAAAAGAACACAUGUAACUUCAAAUUUUCUUUUCUUCCUUUCCUUCCCGUUUCCCUUUCUCCAUUUCCCCUCUGACCUCCUUUCCUCUCCCGUCCUUCUCAAUCUUCCCUCUUCUUCAUAAUUUGCAGAAGAGAGAACAAGUUGCAAUAACCCAUUUCUGACCCGAAUCCCCUCUCAUCAGCUAUCUUCUUCCUCGCAUAUCAGAUCCUCCGGUUACCGUUCCAGGGGAAAGAGUUUCCCUCCCAAAACAUUUGGCGGUUCCCAGAUGCCAUGAACGCCUUGUGCUUCAUAGGCCAUUCCACCAUGAGACCCUCUGCUCGAUUCCUCAUCUCACGCACCUCCAAAUCCUUUCUGGGCUCCGCCAAACAGCCCCUUAGAUCGAAUCGAACCCACAGCUCUCUCGCCAACGCUGGCCGCCCUGCCCCCGCCACAAUCAUCACUCCUCGUCCGCCGCUGCCGGCGGCAGGUUUCAAAACCUACAGGCUCAUGUCCACCAUAUUCCACCCCGGGUUCGCGCCGCCGCCGAUAGCAUUCGCGAACAGGGGUUCCUAUGGCGUCGCGUCGAGGGCGGUGGUGGUGCGGCAGCAGCAUUCGACUUCGGUGGAGACGCGGGUGAACGAGGGCAAUUUCGAGAGGAUUUACGUCCAGAAUGGAAAUGCCGCCUCCGCGAAGCCAUUGGUCGUUGAGAGGAUCGAUAAGGACGAGAACAUCAGAGAAGUAGUCAGCGUCGAGGAAGGAGAUUCGAAUUUGAGGAACCCGGAAGGGAUCGAGAUCGUCAGCCCUAGGAAGGAAGAGAGCGAUAUCGAGAAGGAGGCCUGGAAAUUGCUAAACGACGCCGUUGUGAGGUAUUGCGGGAGCCCCGUUGGAACCGUUGCUGCGAAUGAUCCCGGGGACAAGACCCCGUUGAACUAUGAUCAGGUUUUCAUUCGUGAUUUCGUGCCUUCUGCGCUUGCCUUCUUGCUCAGAGGCGAAGGAGAGAUUGUCAGAAACUUCCUGCUCCAUACUUUGCAGUUGCAGAGCUGGGAGAAAACAGUAGAUUGCUACAAUCCAGGCCAAGGUUUAAUGCCUGCUAGCUUUAAGGUCAGUACUGUGACUCUUGAUGGUGACAAUACUGAAGAAGUUUUGGAUCCAGAUUUCGGUGAAUCGGCCAUUGGCCGAGUUGCCCCUGUGGACUCUGGAUUGUGGUGGAUUAUUAUGCUGAGGGCAUAUGGGAAAAUCACUGGUGACUAUACAUUGCAAGAAAGGGUCGAUGUGCAAACCGGCAUUAAGUUGGUCUUAAACUUGUGUUUGGCUGAUGGGUUCGAUAUGUUUCCUUCUCUGUUAGUCACCGAUGGCUCUUGCAUGAUCGAUCGGCGAAUGGGCAUUCAUGGCCAUCCUCUAGAGAUCCAGGCCUUGUUUUACUCAGCUCUGAGAUGUGGUCGUGAGAUGCUUGCUGUAAACGAUGGCUCCAAAAACCUUGUGAGGGCUAUAAACAAUAGACUUAGUGCUCUAUCCUUCCACAUUAGGGAAUAUUACUGGGUGGACAUGAAGAAGAUGAACGAGAUAUACAGGUAUAAGACAGAAGAGUAUUCCUUGGAUGCUACUAACAAGUUCAAUAUCUAUCCUGAGCAAAUCCCCAUGUGGCUCAUGGAUUGGAUUCCUGAGGAAGGUGGGUAUCUGAUUGGGAAUCUGCAGCCGGCUCACAUGGACUUCAGGUUCUUCACUCUGGGUAACCUCUGGUCUGUGAUCUCGUCAUUGAGCACACCGAAACAGAAUGAAGCUAUACUAAAUCUGAUUGAGGGGAAGUGGAACGAUAUUGUGGGACACAUGCCACUCAAGAUAUGCUACCCUGCUUUGGAAAAUGAGGAGUGGCGUAUAAUCACUGGAAGUGACCCAAAAAACACGCCUUGGUCAUAUCACAAUGGUGGCUCAUGGCCAACCCUUCUGUGGCAGUUCGCCUUGGCAUGCAUCAAGACAGGCAGAAUCGAGCUAGCAAGAAAGGCAGUCAACAUGGCCGAAUCAAAGCUUGUUGCUGACCGUUGGGCCGAGUAUUAUGACACCCGAAAUGGGAAGUUCAUAGGGAAGCAAGCUCGACUCUACCAGACUUGGACAAUUGCAGGGUUCUUAACAUCCAAAGUACUGCUCGAAAAUCCAGAGAAGGCUUCAUUGUUGUUCUGGGAGGAAGACUAUGAGCUCUUGGAGAUGUGCGUGUGUGCACUGAGCAAGUCCAGUCGGAAGAAAUGCUCCCGAGUCGCUGCCAAGUCUCAGAUUCUUGUGUAGCCAGGCCGCUAUAUCCACAUAUUCAUCCAUUCACUACUGUACAGCAUACGGAAUUUACCUAAUGGGUGUCAUGACCAUUGAAAAUGGAGGAUCAAAUUUUUGGAGCUCCAUAGUUGUAAUCCUCUGCUAUAUUAUUAGUAGAGUAGCAGCAGCAGAAACUGGAAAGCUAACUACUGUAUAAGACAAGGCAUGGGAGCAUGUUCCCCGUCUUCCCAUUAAUAGAAGUUGUUCCCCUUUGGUGUUCUUCUGUCAUUUUUGUAUUUAUUUGUUAUCCACUUUUGAGCACCACUAAUAUGAAGCUCAGUUUUGUGGAGGGAAGGAAGAUAUGUUGAUUAAGUGUUUAGCAUA